CGCAAACUGCGCAGCCAGCGUCUGGGCUCUGCAGUGUGCACCAUGGCGGAGCUGGAUCGGGUGGAGAAGAGCAGCCACAGCUUGGACAAAAGCAUAACGCUGCCGCCUGAUGAAAUAUUCCGCAAUUUGGAGAACGCGAAGCGGUUCGCCAUUGACAUAGGUGGCUCUCUAACCAAGCUCGCAUAUUACUCCACCGUCCAGCACAAAGUGGCCAAAGUGCGAUCUUUCGACAAUACUGCAAAGGAGGCGUCGAGCGAAAAACUGUACGAGAUCUCGGUGCAGGAGGAGAUCACAGCCCGUCUGCACUUCAUCAAGUUUGAAAACGCCUACAUUGAGACCUGCCUCGACUUUAUCAAGGACCACCUGGUCAACACUGACACGAAGCUGAUAAAAGCCACGGGAGGCGGGGCACACAAGUUUAAAGACCUCAUCGAAAAGAAACUUGGACUAAAGGUGGAUAAGGAGGAUGAGAUGACCUGCCUGAUCCGGGGCUGUAACUUCGUGCUGAGGAACAUCCCCCACGAGGCCUUCAUCUUCACCAAGCACGCCGACUCUGAGUUCCGCUUCCAGAACACCCACCCGGAUAUCUUCCCCUACCUGUUGGUCAACAUCGGCUCCGGGGUGUCCAUCAUCAAGGUGGAGUCUGAGGACAAGUUUGAGCGUAUUGGAGGGAGUUCCAUCGGCGGAGGAACGUUCUGGGGCCUCGGAGCUCUGCUCACCAAAACAAAGAGGUUCGAUGAGCUGCUGCAGCUGGCCUCCAAGGGCCAGCACACCAACCUGGACAUGCUGGUGAAGGACAUCUACGGCGGCUCCUACGGGUCCCUGGGGCUCACCGGAGACCUCAUCGCCAGCAGCUUCGGGAAGUCGGCCACCACGGACAAAGAGUUCUCCAAGGAGGACAUCGCCAAGAGUCUGCUGCACAUGAUCAGCAACGACAUCGGCCAGCUGGCCUGCCUGUACGCCCGGCUGCACAGCCUCACCAGGGUCUACUUCGGGGGCUUCUUCAUCCGGGGCCACCCCGUCACCAUGCACACCAUCACCUACAGCAUCAACUUCUUCACCAAGGGUGAAGUCCAAGCCUUGUUCCUGAGGCAUGAGGGAUAUCUGGGAGCCAUCGGGGCGUUCCUUAAAGGAGCAGAGGAAGACAACCCCAACCAGUACAGCUGGGGGGAGAACUACGCCGGGAGCUCGGGCCUCAUGAGCGCGUCUCCGGACAUCAACCCCAUGCAGCGCGCACGCAGCGGAACGUUCCCAUUUGACAUGCUGGAGAUGGACCGUCUGGAGAGGAAGCUGGUGAACCUGCCGCUGCUGGAGGACCCCUCCUCCUACGUCCCUGACACGGUGGACCUGACCGUGGACCCGCUGGCCCGCGAGUACUGGCUCUUCUGCUUCGAGGACGCCCUGGACGGGGUGGUGAAGCGCGCGGUGGCCAGUCAGCCCGACCUCCCAGAGGCUGUGGAGCGCGCCGAGAAGUUCCGGCAGAAGUACCGCCACAAGCUGCAGACGCUGCGGCAGCAGCCCUUUGCGUACGGAUCCCUCACAGUCAGGAGCCUGUUAGACACCAGAGAACACUGUUUAAACGAGUUCAACUUCCCCGACCCCUACUCUAAGAUCAAGCAGAGGGAGAACGACGCAGCUCUCCGGUGCUACCAGAAGGCCGUGGCCGCCCUGGACGCCCUCGGCUGGGAGGAGAAGCAGUUCGCUCUGGUCCGCGGGGUCCUGGCGGGGAACGUCUUCGACUGGGGGGCCAAGGCCGUGUCCGAUGUCCUGGAGACGGACCGAGACUUCGGCUUCGAGGAGGCCAAACAGAAGCUGGAAGAGCGCCCGUGGUUGGUGGACUCCUACAACCAGUGGCUGCAGAGACUGAAGGGGCCUCCUCACAAGUGUGCGGUGUUCUUCGUGGACAACAGCGGGAUGGACAUCAUCCUGGGGGUCAUGCCCUUCGUCCGAGAGCUACUCCUUCGGGGCACGGAGGUGGUGCUGGCCAGUAACUCCAGCCCCGCCCUCAACGAUGUGACCAAUGGGGAGCUGCAGAUCCUGACGGAGACGAUUGCGGCCAUGGACCCCAUCAUCCAGGCUGGGCUGAAGGAGGACCGGCUGGUUCUGGUCCAGACUGGAUCCAGCUCCCCCUGCCUGGACCUCGGGCGGCUGGACAAGGAGCUGACCAUCGUGGUGCGGGAGCGGAGGGCGGACCUGGUGGUGAUCGAGGGGAUGGGCCGCGCCGUCCACACUAACUACUUCGCCCGGCUCAGCUGCGAGAGCCUCAAGAUGGCGGUCAUCAAGAACCCCUGGCUGGCAGAGCGGCUCGGCGGGAAGCUGUUCAGUGUGGUGUUCAAGUACGAGCUGCCGACCCCGCCCCCCCCCGCCGCCCCCCCCAUGAAGGAGGAGGAGGAGGAGGAGGCCGUGUUCAGCCCCUAGGGGGCGCCCCACCCCACUCAGACGGGAAUGUCCAGAGCGUUUACCUGUGGUGGUUGUCGUGUCGACGAUGAUGAAGAUGAAGAUGUCACUUGGUGGAUGGAUGAGUGAUUGUUAUGGUGAUUGUAGUGAGAUUACGAAGGCAGUGUUAUCAAGGGGGGGGGGGGUAGCAGAGAGAGAAUGUUUUUUGGUAGCAAUGACAGGAUAAUGAUUUUCAUUAGUGCGUGUUUUUGUUUACAUGUACCCAUAAAAAGUAAUUACCCCCUGUUGUGGUGAAUUAACUGCAAAAAAUGUGUGCGUCUAAUGUGCCUCUGUGCCUUCGUGCCCGUCGCGUCGCUCGCUUCUAUCGUUCUGUUUUCCCAGGGGUCAGACAUGGCCCAUAGCCUACGUCCUUUUUGUGUGAGGUGUUUUCUUUUUUACAAUACAAGGAUGAAUGAAUUUGGACGACUGAAUAAUUUUGAAGACACAGAACAGGUUAUGAGUUAAUGUUGCUUCAGGGACUUGGUGAAAACGCACUUUAUCGCCAUCAUUUAGUGUUUAGCGGCGAACCACAAGAGGGCAGUGUUUCACUGUGAACUUUAGGAUUCCUCUGAAACUUUGCCACUGCUCGGAAUUUAACACGGAGUUGCCAGCUUUGUGUUUACAUGUAGCCUAUCAGGUGUUGGUUUUGAUGCAGUGUUCCUCGCUUGCCCAUUUUUCUGGAAUGAAACAAGGUUGCAUUGAGCAAAUUUAGCCAGUGGAUUAGAUACCACGACAAAGUAUUAUAAGGAAAUAUUUGACAAUGAGUGGUUUGGGAGAAUAAACUUAAGGAAACAAAGUCCACCCAUGCAGUAUGUGGCCAAAACACUGUGAAGGCAUUUGGUUUUAGUUGAUUGGUAAUAUCUCGACUGGUUUGAACGCCGAUUGGAGGGCCUCUUGUCACGCAGACGCACCUUGUGUUGUUUGUACAUAGAAUGAACAAGCGUAUGUGUAUUUCAUUAAUUUGUAAACACGUUCAAAAUACAAGUUUGUGUACCGUAUUAUCCUCUGACAAUCAACCUUCAUUAAAUGUUCAAAACUAUAUUUUA